CACAUGCUCAAAAACAGUAUUUCUUAGGUCAAGAUAUGGCACCUGGCGAGGCGACGCUCCCACUAAACAAGGGAGGAAGACGUGAUCCCCGCACAUCCCAUACGGUGUUCGUCUCAGAUAUCUGGCGCCCAGCAUCAUCAUGGCAAUACACUACAUCAUACACACCCACUUCCACAUGUUGUUAGGGUGAGGCAGCGGCAGUUUUUUUGACUCACGCUGUACAGAACGCGAAGGGAUGAGCCGAUCUGAACAAGAGGGCCUUUGAAGGAAGCACGCCGUUUCCUUUUAAAAGGAAUACCCCGUAGUGCAGGAGCCCGGCGAAAUUUCGGCUUAUAUACCGACCGUUAGGGGCGCAGAGAUAAGCUGACUUGCUGCAAUCGAUUUCGGGAGUGAACUGGACAGAGGAGAGAACUUCGAGAAGAACAGACAAAAAAAGCAAGAGGAGGAGCAGCGCGUGCGACAAAGCCUCGUUUUACCCAGCUUUUUCCGCCGGUGCCCGAGAACUAGAAGCACCCAAAGGUUUCUUCGCUCAACCACGAAGAGACUGGAGACAGCUCGUCUGCUGGGCGCAUCUACAGAGAAAGAUGCCCGAUAAGCGGCAGAAUGCAGAUCUCGCAACAAACUGCAUGUUUCUGUGUUUGCAGCUGUUGGUGAAUCCCUAGAGACUGGUUUUAUGGAUGGUGUGGUGACGGGGAGAGGGUGGACAGAACGUUUCCCUUCUUUCAACUAAAGACACUAGGGUCUCUCUGGGAGGGCCACGACACUCGUACAGUGCUGCUUUUUUUCAGCGGCCGCGUCCUGUUCAAAGGGCUGCCUCACCAUUCCCUACUUUUUAUAUGUUUUAUUCUUCUCCAUGUUUCGCUCCUGGAGCUCCUCUUUGCCUUUUUGUGCGCCUGCAUGAGGCACAGGGUGCGCAGCAACAGUCUCGGGUCUUGUUUCUCUGUUUGUUCGCCGUCACUGGAAAAGCCGAGUAAGCGGCUUUGUGAACCUCAACAGACACCUCAGAGACCCCGAAAAAUGGCCGGGAGAGCUUUCGCUUUCCCCGCUGGGCCACCAAGCGGCCUCGCGAAAAGCCCCGUCGCCUUAACCCGCGUGCAGGCGCCUUUUGUCUCCCUUCUUGCUCGCCCAUAUCCGCCAGUCCCUUUCUGUUCUCACACUUUCUCCUCUGCGUCUUCUCUGUUUUCCUGCUACCAACUUGCAAGGGGAUAUGUUCGUCCGUUCCCUGUUCUUACUCGGAGACUGCGAAGAGCCUUCUCUACUGCGCCCUCCUCUUCUGUCUCAUCGUCGCCUUCCUCUCGUGCCUCAUCUUCCUCUUCCUCAGCUGCCUCAUCUUCCUCGUCUCCUGCUUCUCCUUCUUCGGCUGAAGGAAGCGGGAAGACAGCAGGGUCAGGGAAGAAGAGUGGAGAGUCGUUUUUUCUUUCUCUCUGUGAACUGGAGCAGAAGAAGAGGACGGAAAGGGCAAUCCAGCACUCGCAGGACUUGUGGAAGAAACGAACGGCGGCGAAGGAUGCACACAGUGAAAAGACACCCGAGCUGUACGACGGACCGUUCUGGUUGAAAUUUUGGCGGAGAAAGAAGAGACCUGGCGCGCGAGGUUGAGUGAAGGGGGGAUGUUUCUUGACUGCCAGUGUCUAAAACACGCGACCGAAGCGAGAAUCGAAAUCUCUUCCGCAGGCGGCCUUACUUACCUUCCGGGUUUCUCGAGUUUUUGCCGAGAGUGGGGAUUCGCCAAAGGUAGCCGACACGCGUUUCUUUCCCAGUGUUCGUGUUUUCUCUCGCUUCUCUGUUCUGUACGCGGGUCUGUCUCCCAGCUUCUUUCUGUGUCUGUGCGGUAGCGUGUCAGUUGUUGAACUCUGCUACUCUGCUCCCGUGACUCUGUUUCUGUCUUCUGCCUUCCUCGUCUACUUUCUUGUUCGAGUCAAACCGUAGACGAGAAACUGAGACAACAACGACAGCUGUCUCCUUUUCGCCACCCAGUUGCUUUGAUAAACUCCAAACGCCGCCUCUCUCUUUGGAAACCAGUUUACAAAUGUGUGCAGGCAUGCAGAUAACGCAGGACGUUCUGCACACACAC